UCCACACACAACAAAAAAAAGUAAAAGAAUAAAUUUUUUAAAUUUUUCAUUUUUGGUUAGAACAUUUUUAUUUUUUGUUUUAAAUAAAGUUAUAAGUUUGGUUUUUUUAAUAGAAAUAUAAAAAAAAAAUUUAUUUAAAAAGUUAUUCAAACUUUUUCUCUUCUAAAAAUCUAGAAAAUUUAAACAACAACAACAACAACUCCUCCUAAGGAAGGAUUAUUUUGAAAAAAUGUCAGUACAACAAGAAUGUAGAGAGACAACAUCACUUUCAAAUAGUAAUAAUAAUCAUAAUAAUAAUAAUCAUAAUAGUAUAACAGUGACAACAGAACAAAAUAAUCGACCACAAACAACAGGAUCAAAAUAUGAAGAAUUAAAUAUUAUUGGAACAGGUGCUUAUGGAACAGUUUAUCGAGCUCGUGAUUUGAAUAAUCCUGGACAUUAUGUGGCAAUAAAAAAAGUACGUGUCACAUUAACAGAUGAUGGUGUUCCGAUGUCAACUUUACGUGAAAUAACAUUAUUAAAACAAUUGGAUUCAUCUCAGCAUCCGAAUAUCGUUAAAUUAUUGGAAGUGUGCCAUGGCACAAGCUUGGAACGUGAAGGUCAAUUGGUAAUAUUUUUAGUUUUUGAACAUUUAGAACAAGAUCUUGCAAUGUUAAUUGAAAGUUUACCAAAAUCUGGGAUGCCAGCAUCUAGGAUUCAGCGUUUUUCACGAGAACUUUUAACUGGUGUUGAUUUUUUACAUUCACAUCGAAUUGUUCAUCGAGACUUGAAACCACAAAAUAUAUUGAUAUCAGCUCAAGGACAUUUAAAAAUUGCAGAUUUUGGACUUGCUAAAACUUAUGAUUUUGAAAUGAAAUUAACAUCAGUUGUUGUAACAUUGUGGUAUAGAGCACCAGAAAUAUUAUUAGCUCAACCUUAUACAAGUUCAGUUGAUAUAUGGAGUACGGCAUGUAUAAUUGCUGAAAUGUUUGGUAGAAGACCGAUAUUUCCUGGUACCUCAGAAGGAAAUCAAUUAGAUCGUAUAUUUUUAUUGACUGGUAGACCAACAUUAUUGCAAUGGCCAAAUUCAUCACCGAUAUCUAGGAGUAAUUUCCCUCACAGAAAUCCAAAACAACCAAAAGAUCUUUUUCCAGAGCUUUGUGAAAACUCAAAUGAUUUAUUAUAUAAAAUGCUGUCUUUCGAACCUGAAAAAAGGCCUUCAGCUCUUACAUGUCUUAAACAUGAAUAUUUUCAACAGGAACCUUUAUAAAUAAAAUAAAUAUAUAUAUAUAUACAUUACAUAUAUACAUUAAAAAUAUACAUAUUUUUUUUCAUGGGAAAAAACCAAAUUAAUAACCAGGCUUUAAUUUUUUUUAUAUUAAUCCUAAGUCAUUAGUCGAUA